GAGAAAACUAAAAUCCAAAAGAGAGAAAGUGGGUCCUACAAGUUUCCUCUUCCGUCCGCGUCUUUAUUAUAGUGUAGGAAGAGCGAAGUUUUAGUGAACCACCAAACAAACCCUUCCCCCUCCGAAUCUCUCUCUUUCUCCGUAGCUUUAGGGUUUCAAUCGUCGUCUUCGUCUCCCCAAUCUCAGUAUUAGCAGAUAUGGAUUCUGAUGAACUAAAUGGGGAUGGCGUAAAGCAAGAAGCAGUGUUACCACCUCCCCCACCUGUCGUUCCAUCAAGCGUGGUCCCUGAACGUGAGUUCGUCAAAAAGAACACUCUUCUCCCAAUGGCUCGGCGUGGCAACGGGUCUAGAGGACAGAAGACGCAGCUUCUUACAAAUCACUUCGGAGUCAAGUUCAACAACUCAAACGGCCACUUCUAUCACUACAGUGUUGCUAUUACAUAUGAAGAUGGCCGUCCAGUGGAGGCUAAAGGUAUCGGGAGGAAGAUUCUUGAAAAAGUUCAGGAGACCUAUCGAAUCGAGUUGGGAUCUAAAUGUUUUGCGUAUGAUGGCGAGAAGACUCUGUUCACUGUUGGUGCUCUUCCCAGCAACAAACUCGAUUUCUCUGUUGUUCUUGAAGACACGCCUUCUAGCAGGAACAACACUGGAAAUGCUAGCCCGAGUGAAACAAAUGACGCGGACAGGAAAAGAUCAAGGCGACCCAACGAGUCCAAGAAAUUCAUGGUUGAGAUAAGCUACGCUGCGAAGAUCCCAAUGCAAGCUAUUGCAGGUGCUCUACAGGGGAAAGAAACAGUUCAUUCUCAAGAUGCCAUUAGAGUGCUGGAUGUUAUUUUGCGCCAGUGUGCAGCUAGGCAAGGUUGCCUCCUUGUUCGCCAGUCCUUUUUCCACAACGAUGCAAACAACUUUGUAAACAUUGGGGGAGGUGUCAUUGGUGUCAGAGGGUUCCACUCUAGCUUCAGAACUACUCAGGGAGGCUUAUCCUUGAAUAUUGACACGUCAACUACGAUGAUAGUACAACCUGGCCCUGUUGUUGAUUUCCUACUUACAAAUCAGAAUGUGAAAGAUCCAUAUUCCGUUGACUGGACCAAGGCUAAACGUGCUCUCAAGAAUCUGAGAGUUAAGGUUGCCCCCUCAAAUAGAGAAUACAAGAUAAGUGGACUAAGUGAAGAGCGCUGCAAAAAUCAACUGUUUACUCGCAAUUUUAAAAACGAAAAUGGGGAAGUUGAGGAGAUUGAGACGACAGUAUACAAAUAUUUCACCGAAUUCCGUAAGAUUCCACUGCAAUAUUCAGGUGAUUUACCCUGCAUCAAUGUGGGCAAGCCAAAGCGCCCUACUUACAUUCCCAUUGAGCACUGUGUACUUGUGAGUCUACAGCGUUACACAAAAUCGCUUACCAAUCUGCAGAGGGCUUCCCUUGUAGAAAAGUCAAGGCAGAAGCCACCUGAAAGGAUGGCUUCGCUAACCAAUGGUCUGAAGAAUAGCAAUUACAAUGCUGACCUGGUAUUGCAAGAAAGUGGUGUCAGCAUUGGCUCAAACUUCACCCAAGUGGAGGGUCGCAUUUUACCAGCACCGAAGCUGAAAGUGGGCAAUGGAGAGGACUUUUUCCCUCGCAAUGGGCGUUGGAACUUCAAUAAUAAGAAACUUGUUGAGCCAGUCACGGUCACUAGAUGGGCUGUUGUAAACUUCUCUGCUCGCUGUGAUACAAAUAAGCUCAUUCCUGACCUGAUUAGAUGUGGAAGAAUGAAAGGAGUUAACGUAGAACCUCCAUACGAAGUUGUCUUUCAAGAAGAACCUCGCUUUAAGGCUGCACCACCCAAUAUCAGAGUAGAUAAGAUGUUCGAGCAGAUACAAUCUAAACUACCAGGGAAGCCAAAAUUCCUUCUUUGCAUUCUCUCAGAAAGGAAAAACUCUCUUGUUUACGGUCCUUGGAAGAAAAAGAAUCUUUCUGAUCUUGGAAUUGUGACUCAGUGCAUUGCUCCCAUGAAAGUGAACGAUCAGUAUCUCACCAAUGUUCUCCUGAAGAUAAAUGCCAAGCUUGGAGGACUGAAUUCUCUGUUAGCUAUGGAGCGCUCACCAGCAAUGCCUUUAGUGACGCAAGUUCCUACCAUCAUUGUUGGGAUGGAUGUAUCUCAUGGUUCCCCUGGCAUGUCUGAUAUACCAUCAGUUGCUGCGGUUGUGAGCUCCAGGCAAUGGCCACUCAUCUCAAAGUAUAGGGCAUGUGUGCGCACACAAUCUCGGAAAGUGGAAAUGAUUGAUAAUCUCUUCAAACCAGUCCCUGGAAAAGAUGGAGCUGACAUAGAUGAGGGAAUUUUCAGGGAGCUCUUGGUCGACUUUUACGCAAGCUCGGGGAAGAGGAAACCGGAACAUAUCAUCAUUUUCAGGGAUGGUGUGAGUGAGUCUCAGUUCAAUCAAGUUCUUAAUAUUGAACUGGAUCAGAUUAUGCAGGCAUGCAAGUUUCUUGAACCAAACUGGAACCCCAAGUUCACAGUGAUCAUUGCCCAAAAGAACCACCAUACCAAGUUUUUCCAGGCUGGAGGCCCAGACAAUGUUCUUCCAGGAACAAUUAUCGACAGCAAGAUCUGUCACCCACGCAACAAUGACUUCUAUCUGUGUGCCCAUGCUGGAAUGAUUGGAACUACAAGGCCAACACAUUACCAUGUCCUCUUCGACCAGAUCGGAUUCUCCACAGAUGAUCUCCAAGAACUUGUGCAUUCCCUAUCCUAUGUGUACCAGAGGAGCACCACUGCCAUCUCAGUCGUUGCACCAAUUUGCUAUGCUCAUUUGGCGGCUGCGCAGAUGGGAACUGUGAUGAAGUUUGAGGACAUGUCUUUUUCUGAGACGUCAUCGAGCCAUGGCGGGAUCACGACACCUGGAGCAGUCCCUGUGCCCCCCAUGCCCAAGUUGAACCCGGAGGUUGCAAGCUCCAUGUUCUUCUGCUGAUGCAACGAGUCUGGUCCACGGCUUUUUAAUUUUCUUUGCGUAUGAUCGUUCCAACAAAACUUUAUAUGCCCUUUAGACUUUCCUCUGGGUCGAUGCCUCCUUGUGUUAUUUUCGUCGACCCAUUAUCUUGAUACUCUUUUUGUUUCGCUGGGCGUUGGUUUUAAACAGAUCGGCUAUUUUGAAGACAUUGUGUGUUUGUUACACUGAUUUUACCUUAAGCUUGGUAAUUUUAGUACCUAGUGGAAGAAAAAUAUUCUGAAGUAACCCAACUUUUUUACUGCAUCAAUCUUAUAUUAUGUUACUCUCCAA